UGUCCAUAGCUGGGCAUUGAAAUAACAGUUGACCUUUUUUUAGCAACAUUUUCUGGUUACUUUUCUCAUUUCCCCCCUCUACUUCAAAAUCGUGUAUGACACCCUGACCACUAUCAGAUGUGAUAAGGGAAAGAUUUCGACGACUGUUCAAUUACCUUGAUACAAGCUAUAGAGGUGUUGAACACAAAGUAGGAGCCAGUAUUAAUUUUAUUACGGAAUAAUUUAUACUGAUCAUUUCAUGUGUACAUUCUGGUGUAGUAAUUUGUAAUUAAUUUUCGUGGCCUAACAGCAAAUGUGUUUUUGUGUAGAUCUAAUUAAGUUUGCACUUUGCUCAACCUUAAUUAUCCAAUCUCUCUGCCAACUCCACCCACUCUCUGUGUGUGUGUAUAUGGUAUUGCAUGCGAAACAAAAGCUGUUGCAGUAUGAUAGAGUCUGACAUGCUUUGGCUAGCAUUGGUAUGGUAACUGUAUAGUCUCCAUAUAUACUGACUGGGUGUGCAUCACUGUUGGAGUGGGAGAAGGGGAAGCUUUAGAGUUGCAUAAAACUGUGACAGCACAAGCAGCAUACACUUAUUAGUAGCUAUAGCUUGAGCUGAAAGCAUAGACUGCAGCUGCACAACACACAAGAUAUGGAUAUCAACUUCUCACUUUGCUUUGCUGUUCUACUGGUUCUACUUGUCUCCAUAGCUUCUGCUCAAGAUAACAACACACACACUAAAGGUCCCCUACUCUACACUAUGCAACCAAUGAGCCAGUAUUCUUGCAACCCGUACAUUGUUGGACGGAAACGGCUAUUCUGUGCCCUCUACCAGCGUGGAGGUCUGUCCAAUCACACUAUCCGCUGGUUUAGAAGGUCUAACAACUCCGGUAAUAUUGAAACAGAGAUGAUAAGGGAAACUAAUCCAAGGAAUGAAGAAUAUUUUCUCUCAAGACUUUCACUAAAAGAUUUCAUAGAAGCAGAAGGUCCGAGUGAUUACUGGUGUCAGGUCGGAGUCUACGGAGAGGUUAAUUCGACCUAUGAACCCAGUGCAGUGUUUAAAGUACUACCACGUGAUGCGUACAUUGGUUACCCUCCCUGCACACUACUGUCCUUGUCACAGCAGGUCUCCAUGUUUGCUGGCAAUGGAUCGAUUCUUACGCCUGUGGGCAUCAUCAACACACCCACCUCUGUGGGCACCUCCCCCUCAAGCGAGCAGAAUCUCACACCGGUCUUGACAGUGAGUAUAGUCAUCUCCUUAUUCUUUGUUGCCCUUCUCUUCUUGAUAAUCUGUAUAUUCUGCUGCGUCCUGAAAUCAAAGAGAAAGCUAUCAUCAACUGAAAUUGACAUUAUUCACAGUACAAACGAACCCUUGCAAUCGCUGGCGGCCGUUGAUAUCCAUGGCAACGAAUCCAUCACCCUCCCUCAGGAAAUAGAUAACUCAGCUGGUUACGUCGACGUUGGAGCUGAGGGAAUUUCCCCCGUAGACCACCCCUUACGUACAUCACAAGCUAAUAGUAUGGACUAUCUUCAAGACAACGCUGCAAAGAUUCAUUAUCACGCCAUUGAUGUUGACGGAAUGGACGAAAGGGAAUACACAGAUCUCCGAAAACCACCUCGUAUUUCUCCUAAACCUAGAGGAGUCAAAUCUCAAUCACUGAAUUGUCAGCAAGCAUUUGCAGUCAAAAGAAUGGGUGGCGAAAAAUUAACGGAACGUACGAAACCGCUACCACUACCGAAAAAUAAAGACAAAAAUAGAGCUCCUAGCGAAUCUCCGCUUCAAUCUCAAAGAAUUGGACAGCCUUCUAAACAAGAUUAUCAGGCGCUCAGUUCAAGCACAAAGAAUCGUGUUGAACUGUACACAUGCCCAGCUGAGGUAUCUGCCAGCUCUGAGAGCGUUGUGUAUGCUAACUAAAAAUCGUUUUAUCAUAACAUUUUUUGCAUAAUUAUAGUUCUGCCAUGUGAGACAUAAUUAUAUGUGCAUGUACACCGUUUAUCAAUUUCAAAGUACAAGCAAGGGUGGAUUGAAAACACAUU